GCCUCUUGACAUGUUGAGGGCAUCCCUGGCCCGGCCCGGUUGCCGCUAGGAGCUGCGGGUCUCGGUCCGCCCCCUGUGUCCCCCCCAGUCCCGCCCGGCCCUCGACCUGACCGGGCCUGCGUUCCGCUCUCGGCCACCUGAGGGAAGGAGCCGGGGAAGAGGCGGGAGGGUCGCCGAGAGGGAGCAUUCGCCCCGGGCUGGAGGAGGCUGACCCGCGUCCCCGCCCAGCCCGCGCCUAUGCGGUACUUGAAGGAUGGCAAAGAGGUCGCGCAGUGAGGACGAGGAUGAUGACCUUCAAUAUGCUGAUCAUGAUUAUGAAGUACCUCAACAAAAAGGACUGAAAAAACUCUGGAACAGAGUAAAAUGGACCAGAGAUGAGGAUGACAAGUUAAAGAAGUUGGUUGAGCAACAUGGAACUGAUGAUUGGACUCUAAUUGCUAGUCAUCUUCAAAAUCGUUCUGAUUUUCAGUGCCAACACCGAUGGCAGAAGGUUUUAAAUCCAGAAUUGAUAAAGGGUCCUUGGACUAAGGAAGAAGAUCAGAGGGUUAUUGAAUUAGUUCAGAAAUAUGGACCAAAAAGGUGGUCUUUAAUUGCAAAACAUUUAAAAGGAAGAAUAGGCAAGCAGUGCAGAGAAAGAUGGCACAAUCACCUGAACCCCGAAGUAAAGAAAUCUUCUUGGACAGAAGAAGAAGACAGGAUCAUAUAUGAAGCACACAAGCGGCUGGGAAACCGUUGGGCAGAGAUUGCUAAAUUACUUCCUGGAAGGACUGAUAAUUCUAUCAAAAAUCAUUGGAAUUCUACGAUGCGAAGAAAAGUGGAGCAGGAGGGCUACUUACAAGAUGGAAUAAAAUCAGAACGAUCUUCAUCAAAACUUCAACACAAACCUUGUGCGACUAUGGACCAUUUGCAAACCCAGAAUCAGUUUUACAUACCUGUUCAGAUCCCUGGUUAUCAGUAUGUGUCACCAGAUGGCAAUUGUGUUGAACAUGUUCAGACAUCUGCCUUUAUUCAGCAACCGUUUGUUGAUGAAGAUCCUGAUAAGGAAAAAAAAAUAAAGGAACUUGAGUUGCUUCUUAUGUCAGCUGAGAAUGAAGUUAGAAGAAAGAGACUUCCGUCUCAACCUGGAAGCUUUUCUAGCUGGUCUGGUAGUUUCCUCAUGGAUGAAAGCAUGUCUAACACACUGAAUAAUCUUGAGGAACACACUAAUGAGUUUUAUAGCAUGGAUGAAAAUCAGACUGUGUCUGCUCAGCAGAAUUCACCCACGAAGUUUCUAGCUGUAGAAGCAAAUGCUGUAUUGUCUUCUCUACAGACCAUCCCAGAAUUUGCAGAAACUCUAGAACUUAUAGAAUCUGAUCCUGUAGCAUGGAGUGAUGUUACCAGUUUUGAUCUUUCUGAUGCUGCUGCCUCUCCUGUCAAGUCUACUCCAGUUAAACUAAUGCGAAUUCAACAUAAUGAAGGAGCCAUGGAAUGUCAAUUUAAUGUCAGUCUUGUACUUGAAGGGAAAAAGAACAGUUGUAAUGGUGGGGACAGUGAAGCUAUUCCUUUAACAUCCCCCAGUGUGGUCAAAUUUAGCACUCCACCAACCAUCCUCAGAAAGAAGAAAAGAGUACGAGUGGGUCAGUCUCUAGGCAGUGAGCUUGGUGACGGCUCGUUCAGUGACGGCAGUAAUACAGCACUAAAGCACACACCAGUGAAAACACUACCAUUUUCUCCUUCACAGUUUUUUAACACAUGUCCUGGAAAUGAACAACUUAAUAUAGAAAACCCUUCGUUUACAUCAACCCCAAUUUGUGGGCAAAAAGUUCUCAUCACAACUCCUCUUCAAAAAGAAGCAACUCCCAAAGAUCAAAAAGAAAAUGUAGGGUUUAGAACUCCUACUAUUAGAAGAUCUAUCCUGGGUACCACACCAAGGACUCCUACUCCUUUUAAGAAUGCACUUGCUGCCCAGGAAAAGAAAUAUGGACCUCUUAAAAUGGUGUCGCAGCCACUUGCCUUCUUGGAAGAAGACAUUCGAGAAGUUUUAAAAGAAGAAACUGGAACAGACAUAUUCCUCAAAGAGGAAGAUGAAUCUGCGUACAGAAGCUGCAAACAAGAGCAUUCUGCAUCUGUGAAGAAAGUCAGAAAAUCACUAGCCUUAGAGAGUUGGGACAAAGAAGAACAAGGCACUCAGCUACUAACUGAAGACAUUUCAGACAUGCAGUCAGAAAAUAUACUUACAACAUCUUUAUUAAUGAUACCAUUAUUGGAAAUACAUGACAAUAGGUGCAACUUGACUCCUGAAAAACAAGAUAUAAAUUCAGCCAACAAAACAUAUACACUUACUAAAAAGAAACCAAACCCUAACACUUGUAAAGCUGUCAAAUUGGAAAAGAGUCUUCAGUCAAAUUGUGAAUGGGAAACAGUGGUGUAUGGGAAGACAGAAGACCAACUUAUCAUGACUGAACAAGCAAGAAGAUAUCUGAGCACUUACACAGCUGCCAGCAGCACGUCAAGAGCUCUAAUACUCUAACUGUUAGUAAAGCUGAUAAGAUGUCUUGACCCCUUACUGUAUCUUAUGCUAGAUUAGGUCAC